UGUCAAAACUGCCCCGAACCGGCCCUGCCUUUCCCACUUUCGGGCUCGAUAUUUCGCGCAAAUGACAAUCGGAAGUCAUUAGAAGCCGCAUUUCGUAACAUAUUUGCUUUUGACCCGUUUGUUGACUCGCUGGCGACGUAUAAAUUCCGUCCCCAUUUCUUUCAAGUCCGCUCCUGCGCUCCAACUGUCAAUUCAGUCCGCCUCCUGUCAACUUUCUAAACACAUGUUUGAAUUUUUUACGAUAGCCCCCGUGCUGCUCCUCUGCACCUGUUUAUCCUCCUAAUUAUGAAAAUUAGCAGCGAAUCCGCGAAAAGCGCAAGCCAAACAUCGGUGUUGACACACAGCGGUAAUGUUUGAUUUUGAGUGUAAACAUGACGAGGGUGUUCUCCAACAUAUGCAAUGAAUUAUUGCCGAGAUAAUGUGUUAGACGUUUCGCAAUGACGGAGAAGAGACCCUCGUCGGUGAGUUACAAGUCGGAGCAGCCCUCCGAUGACGAGAACGCCCAGCUUUCGCUGGAUCCGCAGACGCAGCUCUACCUCGCGCACUUGUCGCAGCAGAACGGCUGCUGGGGACGCUUUUUUCCCAUUCCCUUCGAACGGGCAGCGCAAAAGUCAUGGUGGGACCCCACGUUCGACUCGGAAAUUCUAGAGGAGCAGUACAGGAGGAGCUCUAACCCGCAUAGUAGGUUCAAAUUUAGGUACGCACUAUGGUACAUGUUGCUGAUUUCGUCAUCGUGGUUGGUGUAUUUUCUGGUCACGGGGUUGGUAUCAGAGACACACCAUUGGCCCAUGUUGUGUACUGUCUUAGGAACAUUGAUACUGUCAGUGACGACAGUACUUUUCCUCACUUAUACCGACAUUUACAACAACCACAUGCUCCUCAUGUCACUAAUCGUGGCGUUUGUUUUAUGUGUGAUAAGUCUUUCGUUCGUCGUAUUGGUACCAAUGAAGACAGACCCGCUUAGUUUCCCAAUAACUUCCGAUAUAAGUCCAGUCGGUCACUUCUCAAUAUGCAUUGAAAUUCUGAUGUUGAUUUACACGUUAAUUCCUUUGAAACUGUACAUGAGCAUCACGAUUGGUUUUUUAUACUCUGCCGCGUUUGAAACACUAACGAUUUCACUUCAAAACCAAUCGCUUGAAGCUUCAACGAUCACAGUCCGGUUAUUAUCACACUUUUGUAUUCACGUAAUCGGCCUCCACAUCCUUAUUAUGACAAACGUCCGUAUGCGAAACACUUUCAUGAAAGUGGGGCAAAGUCUUCUCGUCCGCCGCCAAUUGGAGUCGGAGAAAAAGUUAAAAGAAAACAUGAUUCACUCCUUGAUGCCUUCCAGCGUCGCCGAAUGGCUCCUCUCCGAAGAGGAGACAUUCACACGAAGCGAUCAGCGCAAUUCCGACCCCGAAACCAACGACAUUCGAUCACUUUUUCGCCCGUUUAACAUGAACCGAAUGGAAAACGUAAGCAUUCUCUUUGCCGAUAUUGUCGGUUUUACUAAAAUGGCCAGCAAGAAAAGUGCCGAAGAACUCGUGGAAAUCCUAAAUAAUUUAUUUCAAAGAUUCGACCAUUUGUGCAAAUUCCACAAUUGCGAGAAAAUAUCAACGUUGGGUGAUUGUUACUAUUGUGUUUCUGGUUGUCCGGAACCGAGACAUGAUCAUGCCAAAUGUUGCGUCGAAAUGGGGCUUAGUAUGAUACAAGCUAUUAAACAAUUCGAUCAAGAGAAAAACGAAGGUGUGAAUAUGAGAGUUGGGGUGCAUACGGGGACAGUUCUUUGUGGUAUUGUGGGGACACGAAGGUUUAAAUUUGAUGUUUGGAGUAAUGAUGUUACGCUUGCCAAUCGGAUGGAAUCGACUGGGAAACCAGGAAUGGUGCACGUGUCGGAGAAAACAUGCGAGUUCCUACAGGAUAUGUACUUGCUUGAGGAAGGGGAGCCGGUUUUAGGGAUGAAAACGUAUUUUAUUUUGGGUCGGACCGGAGACAAAACGCCUUCCUACAGUGGUAGUUUUCGUGCUGAAGGCCGUCAAAAGUACACAAAUUCGUUGCAAUUAUUCGUUUCACCGCCAACUUCGUCGCCUUCCAUGUCGCCUCAAUCCCGACCUAGAGUCCUUUCUUGCGAUACAACUCACAUAAAAGCAACGCACAAUCCGAAUAUGUUAUCGCCUGAUGUUUGUAAAAUCAAAGCGAGUAGUCUCCCAAGUAUCCUUGAUUCGGAAAACGAACAAGACGGCGGCGAUAUUUGUAAAGAAACAUCCGACUGUGAUAAUAUUAAAACGCCAACUUCGACAGCCAGCUCCGGCAAAUACAGUGUCAAGCUGAAAAACUGGAAAAUGCCGAAAUUCCUUCGAAAAAACGACGGAAAACCCGAAUUGGAUAUUGAAGUUCCGGCCAAUUCGGAAGACCGAAUAUCGGGCGGCUACCAACAAGUUCCGACCAUCAUUGAAACUUCGAAUGUUUCGAAUGGGAAAAAGAAAGAUUCGUUUAUUAGCGUAACGGACGUCGAUGAUGAUAAUAAAAGAAGUAGUAUUUUUCUAGACGAUCCGAAAGAUACAAUUGAUGUCAAAUCGUACAUCAGCCAAUCGCGGAGCGAUAUCGGCCAAUAUGAUUAUUCCCCAGGUGACUUGAAUCAAUUUAUGAGGACUGGAAGUUACCGUUCACAAUACGGCAGAUCUCCGAAUGAAUUUUCAUUCCUACAGCGUGCCGGAAGUAACCGAUCUCGACGUGGUCGUUCCCCGAAUUUCGAUGUUUUUCCCGGGGAACGACAGAGAAGUACAACGGUGUGUGUUGGUAAUCUCGAACGGCCGAAAAUGUCGCUUGAAGUCCCCGGAAGACUCACAAAUAUCUCCGUCCUUGACGAUCAUUUCUCGGUCUACAGUCGCAAAGAUUCGGGAAUUAGGAGCAACAGUCGCAGGAGUAGCAUUCAGCAGUUGGAGCAAGCAACGCACCCGAAUUCGGAACACCGUGUUUCUGGCUAUUAUACCUCGAGUCAGAGUACGGUGACUUCGCCCCAAUACAACGUCCGAAUGCCUGGUGUGUUCAAGGACAAGUUUGGUACAUGUAUUCAAAACUUGCGUAAACAAUCAGAUCGUCAAUUAAUCAAGUGCGUACAAGAAAACUCCAAGUCGCGAGGUUCCUAUUUUAUCAAGCCGCCGUUGCGUCGGCUGACGUUAUUCUUCAAGGACAAACAAAUGGAGCAGGAUUACCGAACAAAUGUCCAUUCGUUGUUUGAAAAAGCCGACUCGAUUCUAACACUUGCCGAUUCGAAAUUCAAUACGUACUUUGAUGUGUGUGUUUCGAGUCUCGUUUUUGCAAUUGUUUCGAUCUCGUUGUGGCUUUUGUACGGACAUACGACCCUAUGGUUGGUCAUGUCGGGUGUUUUCGUUGCGAUUCAAGCGUGUGGUUGGGCGCUGUGUUCGCGAAAAGUCGUCGAAUGUUCGGAUCGGUGUCUGCGGUGCGUUUCGCGAUUUUACAGGUGGAAUAUGUUCGGUGCUGUUUUGGUAAGUUUGCCGCUCGUUACCGUUUUGAUAAAUUUUUGUACGAAAGUAUUCACAACGUCGGAAACGUCCAACUAUUUAUACACUUAUCUGCUUUUUGUCGGAGUCAUACAUUUCUGUAAUUUUACACAACUGAAUUGCUGGAUGAAGAAUUGUCUCGCUGUGGCGUUCACUCUUAUUUUUAUUCCGUUGUUUUUGAACGGCACCUGUUCGAACUUUUUCGUCGAAAAGUCCGAACGGACCGAACUCAAUCCGAUCGUUGCGAUUCUAGACGAUCGCAAUCGGACCGAAGUUAAGUCGUUAAGUCUCGAACAUUACAGUUUUCUGUACAAAUCGGAGAUUUUAAUGGACUUGUUCCUGCUGUUGGUGCUGGUUUGGUUACUUAACCGGGAGUUUGAGAUCGGUUACCGGUUGAGUUUCCACGCCAACUACGUCUCAAACCGGGACAAAAUCAACGUACAGAAUCUCAAAACGCAAGCCGAUUAUCUCAUUUAUAACAUCGUACCUGAACACGUGGCCGAACAGUUGAAAAAGAACGCAAAGUAUUCGGAGAAUUUCAAAGACGUGGGGAUUAUUUUCGCGAGUAUUGUUAACUUUAACGAAAUGUAUGACGAGAGCUACUUGGGUGGGAAGGAAUAUUUGAGGGUUUUGAACGAACUGAUUGCCGAUUUUGACGAAUUGCUCGAUCGUCCCGAAUUUGCAAGUGUGGAGAAAAUUAAAACUAUCGGUAGCACUUUUAUGGCAGCUAGUGGUCUCAACUCGACCACGCGUCGUAACCAGAAAGACCCUAAUGAGCAUUUGUACGCGCUUAUGGAUUUUGCGUUAGAAAUGCAAAACGUUAUAACCGAUUUCAACCGCGAUUUGCUCGAAUUUAAUCUGAUCCUUCGGAUCGGUUAUAACUUUGGCGAGGUGACAGCUGCGGUUAUCGGUAAUACGAAGUUGUAUUACGAUAUAUGGGGUGAUGCGGUUAAUAUUGCCUCACGAAUGGACUCGACUGGGGUCAAUGGUUGUAUUCAAAUCGGGGAGAAUUGUCUGCAAGUUCUCGAAACGCGGUACGUUUUUCGGCCGCGGGGUUCGGUCUAUGUCAAGGGUAAAGAUAACAUGAGUGUGUAUCUGUUGGAGCGGAAGAAGACCGAUGAUGAGAUUGAAGCUUAAUUAUUUUAUUUGUGUGCCUGCAAAAUUGCAUUCCAUAGCUGCUUUUAGCUAAGAGUGACCAAGUGUAGCCUUAAAGCCAGAAAUAGGUGUUUGUCGGCCGAUUUUUAGUCUUACCAAAGAGUAGUCGUGUAAGGAAAAUGUCAAUUUUGUUGGAUGGUUGCGUUACCAAAGAGGCGAUUUUUGGAGAGAUUUUCGAAGUAACUGUGAUAAUCAACUUCUCACUUAGUGAUUUUAGCGUAGUUAAAGGCCCUAAUUGAUUUUUAUUUUAUUUGACGCAAGAGGACAAACACCUAGUUGUAUUUCUUGCCAAUAAGUACAAACCGAUUUGUAAAAUUCCGUAAGGUGUGCGGACGUAUUUUAUACUCAUUAUUUUAUACAGUAAUUUUAUAUUGUAAUACCAAAGAGUGGGAUUUUAUUAUCGCUUGGCAAAUUUGAUGUUAGACUGAUGUCGGCAUUCGUCUUUACCUCAGAAAUUUGACCAACUAAGGACCAUGUAAAAAUUAUUGUGAUUAGUUGUUUUUGUAGUGUUUUCGACUGGUUUGCGAUUUUAUUGUUUUGUUGUUUGUGGAUAAAAUCGUCGACUCGACGAAAACAAACCCGUGUAACGUGGAAAUUGUAUAUGAUAUUAUGCGGUAGCUUUAAAAUAACUAGCUUAUUUGUUAGUGGAGUUCCUAACAUUUGUUUUAUUUAAUUUUUUAAAUAUUCGUAUGGACCGCAUGCGGUGGUUACGUAUUCCGUUAUAUUUAACGUACCUAAUUGUUUUAAUUGAAUGUUGUAUUUAUUUAUUGAGUUGUGUAAAUAGUCAAAGUUUUAUUUCACUUGCAUCCCCAUAAGUGCCUUCUAUCAUUUCAGUUAUUUUAACGAUAUUUCGUUCAAAUUCGUAACAAAUUCUACUAGAUAUGUUUGUGCACCGUCCUAUCAUGUAUAAUACUGAUAUUAUCUCAAUAAAACAUGUAAUUAAUUA